AUGGAUCGCAAAUUUUGCCUGGCAAUUGCAUUAGUAUACACAAUCAUAUGUGUUUCCCUUCGAGUUCGAGCGUGUGCAUCUAAAUUGCUUGAAUCACUGGAUGAAGACGAUAUAAAAGAACAAAUAAGCGAUUUAUUUUCGCGAGAAAAACGACCCUGUACAGAUAUUAGGAAAAAAAUAAUAAAAGUUAGUCGGAGUCCAGUUAGAUUCGAUAUUACUUAUGAUUAUGGUGCUCAUCCAGAAUGUGAGAGCGAUGAAGAAUGCUUUCCUGGCAUGGAAUGCAGUGAAGAAGAAGGCUGUUGUACUUAA